GAACCGAAUCUCCAUCUUCAAGAGACUGCUAGAAAACGAAUGGGGCGAUAAAAUGGGGCGCGCCUCACUCGAAACAUUGAAUUUGAGAAAACAGAACGCAGAGAAACAGCUGCCAACCACCGAAGAUAUGAAACGGCUACAGAACCACCUUCAGACCAAACUGGCAUCCACGAUGGAGUCUGUGAGUAGAAAGCCUAGCGUCAAGUCAUACAACACCUUGGCGUGCGUAACAGCCGUCAGCCUCAUGGUGUUCAACAAACGUAGAGGUGGAGAGUCCAUGAAGAUUCGUGUCCGUGAUUACACUUCAAGAGCGGCGUACACCCAAAACGAGACAGUCGUCAAUUCGCUAUCAGACUUGGAGAAACAGAUCAUGGACAAGAUGUGCCUGAUCAAAACGCGUGGCAAACGUGGAAGGACUGUGCCGGUUCUCAUACCACAGAUGGAGAAACGGGCGAUCGAUCUUCUGGUUUCUCUCCGUGAGUCGGUGGGUCUGCGUGAUAGUGUACCAGAAGAGGCGCUCCUCUUCUCAAAGGCUCCGGAAGGAAGACUCGUAAACGGGUGGUAUCAGCUGAAGAAAGAAUGCAGAGAUGCUGGUUGCCGAGACAUAAACGCCAUCACUUCAACAAAUAUGCGCAAAUAUCUAGCCACGAUCGCCCAGAUCAUGAACCUAUCAGAAAAUGAAAUGGAUCAGAUUGCCUCACACCUCGGACACGAUAUAACCGUUCACAGAAAAUAUUAUCGCCUACCGGACAGCACAGUAGAACUCGCGAAAAUAGCGAAACUUCUACUGUCUACCGAAGAAACGCUUGGAGCCAAUCUCGACGAUGAUGCUGAAGGAGCGUCAAAUGCAGUCGGCGCUACGGCUGGCCGUGUCAGCGACCCACCUGCUCGGCCACGGCCAACAGGCAGCCGGCUCCGACGUCAAGUAGGCGCUACGGUUCCUGACGCCAGCAGGAGCACUUGACCAGCAGCUCACCGCCACCGCACAGGACCUGGCACAGCUCGGCACAGGCAUGCACAUUGACCCAGCAGUGGUGCAAGAAUGCGAAUGGCAAGCUCUGCACUGAUUCCUCCGUUUUUAGCAUUAGUGUUUCGCGUAACUUUCCGUUAAACGGACGGGGCCGCCGCCGGCCCCGGCCGCCGCCGUGCGAGUCGGCCGCCGCGCCGCUACGGACGACUGGCACACGCCACAAGUGUGAUGGAUUUUCGGCCAACGCGGCGACACCGGCGUAGCGUUCAAUUGGCCGCGCUGCCCUGACGCUCCGGUGACGGACAGGUGGACCGAGGGCGCCGCCCGCCCAUCCCUCCGGACCAGGCCAGGCCGGCCGAUCUGAGGGAGGUAGGGAGGAGCCGCGUGGCUGGCCGAAUGGACGGCCGCGCCGGGCCAUUGUCACUGAUUGUUGGCCAUUGUCACUGAUUGUUCAUUGCCGCACCGAGGUCCGGCGAUGUCACCGGAAUGCCGCCACUGGUUUGAGUUUCCGCGAAACCGGCUUGCCCAGAGAUGUUUGUCACUGGCAUUGCUAUGUGCUAUUUGUGAUGUUCAUAUAUACCAUUCCCGUUACGGAGUACAUAUCUUGUUUUGAACGUUAAGUUCCGAUAUACGAACUGGCCGUCUGAAAAAGAGCCGCACGUGCACGAUGCUUGUAGAUAUUCCUGACGACCACGAACCGACCACGAAUCAGAACUGCGCCUCUCGUAAUGGGAGUGCGAGUAGUUGUUGCGAGUUAGAGCUCCUUGGCGAGUGGCUGACUCUGAACUGACUGACUAAACACCGGUUAGCUGUUUCACCAGCAGUCCCAGUGGAGGGAAGUAGGCCCAGGCGAGCAGGGUGUCGCAGCGUAAGUCCGACGAUGGCGGCGCAGUAGUCGAAUGGCGUCCACAUUUAGCCGACGAAGGCUGCGCUGAGCGCCAUACCCGCCUCACCUUAUCUCCGAGUCACGUGUUCAUGACUGACACGGGCAACCAUACGGCCCGUCGUUGCCCACGCGCACCCCAGACGGGGCCGCCAGUCGCGGCCCCGGACACGUCAGUCCCCAGAUCUGCAGUGAUGUCGCCCGGCUCUGACGAUGGCGCACAGCCGCCGUGUCCGCGGUCUCCGUCGCCGCCGCGGUAUGCGGCGCUGGGCGGCGACUCGUACAUGUCGCGGUCUCGCCAUUGGGGGCCGAACGAUUCGCGGCUCCCGCCGACCCCGCCGGCGACGAGUUUCCUCCGGCGAGUCCUGCGCCGUCUGGCGUGGUCGACGCUGCCCGGGAGGUUCCUGGCUGGCAAGCUGCUGCUGUGUCUACCGACGCACAGAGGUCAGUAGCUCCGGUGCCGGCCCUGCAGUGCUCUGAGAGAGCGUCGAGACCGCCUAACCGAUUCUGUCCCUAAUUAAGGUCUUUGUAAAUAUGUGUUCAUCGUGCAUCGUUUGUGAUGUGAGCCGCGUGAUCAGCUGCUAACUGAUAAUUUUUACUGCGAUUUUGCUGUGGUCGUUGCUGGCGAAUUGUUUAGUAAUGUCGUGGCAAGCUGGUUGGGGACGCCCGUCUGGCUGUUCUGUUGACGGAACGCGCCGAUCGACAUGGCAUGCAGCCAUCCAGCGCCUCAAAUCGGCGAAUCUGUCCAGCGUGGUCUCAAUGGAGUGCUGAGCGGUGCUAAAGGACAUGGUUAUUUUCAUGCGUUCUGUUCACAGUUUUGUCGUGGCUGUGCUGUCCGCGGCCGUGCUCCACGGUUGCGACGUCUGCGGCCAAGCUGCCCGCUGCUGAGCUCCGCGGCCGAGCUGCCAGCGGCCGUGCUCUGCGGCCGUGCUCUGCGGUCGUGCUCUGCGGCCGUGCUUCCCGUGGCUGGGCCCUCCGUGGUCCCGUGAUCGUGGCCGCGGCGAGGGUGCCGCGACCUGCGCGAUGCCGUGCGCUGCAGUGAUGGCGCCGCGCACUGUGCAGUGAUUUUGCCGAGCGCUGCGUACGCGGUGGGUGCCGCGCGCCGCGCUGUUGAGCGUGCCGUAUUCGGACGGUGGCUGCCGCGCGCAGCGUGGUGAUUGCUGCGCUCUGCCAUGAGUGCCGCUCACUGCCGUGGCCUGAGUGCCGCGCUCGGACGGAGUGCCACGCGCCGUUGUGUUGCGUCGCCUUCUGCCUUUUGAUAUGUGCUAUCUCCGAAUUUAAUGUUGCUUGUUGCCGAUGUUCGCUUCUUUUCGUUAAGAGGGUCGGGUAUAGUCGGUCGAUUUAUUCGCACCGUUUGAUUUCGUACCGGCUUCUCUUCUGUUUCUUAUUGUUUUCUGCGAUGUCACUUGUCCGAUUUUAUAUCUGAUUAAUUCACGUCACUUAAGUAUUUAUUUUAUAUUGUCAUAAUAACUUACGGCGCUGUUCCUUUAUUUUCUGUUUAGUUGCAGCCCUAGUACCUUAAUUUCCGAUGUCUCUUCGGUUUGUUGUCGCUCGCAUGUUCAGAGAGUCCUGGUUGGCCGGCGCGAGCGGCGGUUGUGGAAUACAAGCUCGUCUGUGAA